AUGCCUUUGAAGAUUGUCGUGGUUGGUGCUGGCCUGGCCGGUCUGGGCGCAGCCAUUGCGUUGAACCGCCAAGGUCAUGAUAUUGAGAUCCUCGAGCAGUCCGGCUUCCUAAAUGAAGUAGGAGCUGCAAUCCACAUGGCGCCUAAUGCCACGCGCAUCCUCAAAGAUUGGGGAUGCAACUUAGAGGACCUGCAGCCGGUCCACUGCAACAAAAUGCGGUUGUGGGAUCACCAAGGAAACCUUAUGCACAUCCCAGUUGUGACUAAGGACACCCAGGAAGCGCUGGGUAUCUACGAUGAGUGGUUGCUCACACACCGAGUGGAUUUGCACAAUACUCUUAGAGGCUUAGCUGCCAAGGAGGUCAAUGGCAAGAAGCCUACUAUUCACUUGCGUUCUCGUGUAGCUUCGGUGGAUCCCGAGGCUGGAGUGGUAACCCUCGAGGACGGUACCAAGUACACUGGUGACCUAAUCAUUGGGGCGGAUGGCAUGCAUUCUCGGUGUGUUAGCAGUGUCAUCGGUGGACCUACCAAGAAGGAAAGCACAGGGCAGAACUGCUUUCGCUUCCUUAUCCCUGUCUCCAAGAUGAAAAGCAACCCUCUCACUGCCUCUCUUUUGGAAAAGAUGGGAUCGGACGCUGUGGACGUUUUCACCACGGAGGAUCGCCGAUUAGUCGUCUAUCCCUGUCGUCACGGCGAUCUGCUCAAUAUCGCCGCUAUCCAUCCCUCAGGAGCCGACUCUAGCGCUAGGGAGUCUUCUUGGCUAGACAGCGGCAAUUUGGAUUCGUUGCUUGAAACAUGCAGUGUGUUCAGCCCUGAGCUUCAAGAAAUGUGCAAAUUGGCAGAAGACCUGAAGCUCUGGAGCUUGGCGUCUCGUUCUCCGCCGCGCACCUUCAUCCGUGGCAAGCUAGCACUCAUCGGAGAUGCCGCCCACCCAACACUGCCUCACCAGGGCCAAGGCGGUGCGCAGAGCCUCGAAGAUGGAGCAGCUCUGGGUGCCCUUUUCACCCCCGAGUGUACCAAAGAUGAUAUCCCGGGCAGACUGGAACUGUACAACAAGGUACGCUAUGAGCGAUCUGUAACGGUGAUGCUGAUGUCCAAGGUAAGCGACGAUCGCCGGGGCCAGAUGUUGGACGAAUUGAGGACCUAUGUGCCCGAUGCCGAGUUGCCUCCGGAUAUGUUUUCCUACACCUGGAAUUCGUACCCCUGUCGGGAAGCUCAGCAGCUUCUCCGGGCGGCUCAAGUGAGCGCCUAA